CUAGAUGCCCCUUCAGUUGUCAACCCAUCGCCCAGCGGUUCGUUCGGUUCGCUUAACGCCCUGCCCCAUCCACGGUACCACUCGACACUGGCCCCCCUGUACCAGAAAUCCUCGAGCCCCAGCCGAGGACCGGCUACAUCGGUGCCAACGGGUGGUGGUAGUGGUCGAGCGUUGACGAGCCGUUUCCCGAAAUCGCACCGCACCGGAGCGAGUGUGCUUCCGCGACCGAUCAACCUGCGAACUGCCGGUGAGCUGCGUCGAGGCUCGACCGCCGGUUUGAAUGUGGUCUCGCAGCGACCUCCGCUGCCACCAAAGAUCGAACAGCGAAGCCACAGCUACGAUGGAUUGCUGGACGAUGAUUCAUCGGUACGCGGUUCGUACGCACGGCGCCACCGUAGGCUCGGUGGAAGGACGACAACUGAAGGACAGGAUAUGGCAGACGGUUCCGGUGCAGCAGCAUCAGCAGCUGCAGAUGUAGCCGCUUCGCCCAACACUGGAACGUCAUUAAAGGUGAAACUUGCAACGACGACGGCGAUGGUUCGCAAGAGAGAUGAUGAACACAUGAACCGGAAGAGUUUUAAACAGGAUGUGGCGGGUGUUGUGACUGAAGGAAUGACGCGAGACACCGGAGAGACCAUCAAGAGCAAAAAUCGACGAUCUCGUAGCAUGGACGAUCUGUUCGAUGACGAUGGUGUAGCCGGGUUCGAUUACCUCGAUAACACGCAAAGCAUGGAAACGUUGCUGGCUGCCAAUGAGGACGAACUGACGGCACGGGACAGCGAACCUGAGGCUUCCUGUAGCUCACCGGAACCUCCCAGUUCGCCCAUCCGUACGCUCGGUGGUGGAAACAUUUGCUUCAACCGACGCUUCGUGCACGAUGAUGAGCAGCAAGCGACCACGAGCGAAGGGGACCAGGGCGAGGAAGAGGAAGGAGUUGAUCAGCCACAGGAAUCGCUGUGCGAAAAGGAAACCAUCACCGUGGACAGUACGCUCCGGUAUGAGGCGGAUGAGGAUGGUGACCAGGUAUCAAUGCGCUCUUCACUCACUUCGCACACCUCGACGGCAUCCGGAGCUACCUCGCCGACGGUGGAAGGCGAUGGAAAGGAAAGCAAGAAGCCUCCGAAACCCUUGAUGCAGCGAUACGUUAAGAAGGUGAAAUCGCUCAUGAAAAUGUAAGCAGUGCCGUACGGUACGGCGCUAUAUCUCGCUCUCGAAUAUUCUUUAUGCGUAAGUUUAAGCUGUAGCGCCACAUGGAAACCAUCAUCACAUACGAAAACGCCAUCCAACACCACCCCCUCCAUCGCCAUCAUUACACAUCAUCUUCAUUUGUGAUACAUGUGCUGUAACGGCGGCCCCCGCCCAGGGGAAGCCCCUAUCCUGACCACUACUUUCUCUUCUCAUCUACCACCUAAGUGCUAUAAGCAGUAUCUAAUUCUCACUCGUAAGAAGAUGUAAGAUUUUAUUUAAAUUACGAUGGUUUUAUCUUAUUACUGCGCUGAUGUCAGAUAGGGAUGUGCGCCAUCCAUCCGGAGGGAUUUCAUAAGAAUCACUUAGGUUAAGACCAAGCGCGUGCACCAAGGGCACGCGAUCACACAAUAUUUACUAGCAACUAUGGUAUUUUACGCCGAGGUGUUUACUAUUACACACGUUCUAAUAUGGAUGACCACUAACUGUUUCAAUGCGUCAUUGUGAUUAGUUUCGCGCUUCGCUGCGAGAUGUUGUAAGAGUGUAAAAUAUAUUAUUUGACUGUAGAACGGAA